UUCCGGCCACUAGAUUAUACGUCAUCACAGACCCUGGGCGCAGAAAUUGGAAAUGCCAAAAGAAAAUAAAAGUAGCCAUGGAACCAAAUGUAAAAACAAAGACAGAGAGCCUGGUCAGGCCACCCAAGAGAGAACACUGUACGACUCCCUUGAUGGCCCAACCAUCCAAGCGUCCUUAUCUGUCCACCACAUCUCUGAACACCCACCCUAUGUCCUACCAGGGAGCUUUUCCCUUUUUUAGACUGCCUUCUGAGGUGGGUCGUUUCUCACUGGAUAGUCACCGUUGCUACCAUGGAGAUUCAAGAAAAUUGCGAUACUACCGUCCCCCAUCUAGUGUACAAAAAGGGGCCUCACCUGGAUGGGAUCUUAUGGAUGGAUAUGAAAAUCGCUAUGUGCGAAGGGAUGAAAAUGAAAAGGAAGGCUUGCUCCACAUUCUGACCUGGGUUAAAGAAAACAAAGGACUUCUGGGAGGAAGCGGGAGCAGGAAGUUAGACCGCGACUUUGUUACCUGGAGGGGUCAUCUCACCAAAGUUCUUUGUACACCAUAUGAGAGCCAAGAGGGGUGGCUCCUAGCAGUUUCCCUGUUCAAGGGAACUCUGUAUAUAAGUGAGCGAGAAACAGAGGUUGCCCGGAAGAAGAGGGAAGAGCGGACUACUAUACAGGAAAAGCUGAUGUACUCUGGAUACAAGUUUGAAAGCCACCUGUGUGCUGAUUCACCUGAUGGUCAGCCCUCUCCCUCUGCAGUAGUUAAUACUAACGAGGCCUUCUGCAGUGUCCUGUUUGCACGCCUGUCCACGCACUCAUUUCUGAUAUCAGGAGAGGUGGACUGCUGUGACCCAUUAGCCACCAAUUCUAACCCACCAUCCUGCUACGUGGAGCUGAAAAGCAGCGCCCAGAUCCGGAACCCACACCAACAGCGUAGUUUCAACAGGUAUAAACUUCUAAAAUGGUGGUGCCAGUCAUUUCUUCUUGGAAUCCCACUCAUUGUUGCUGGUUUCCGCAACCCAGAAGGAAAGGUUGUAUCUCUGCAGGACUAUCGAACGUCAGACAUCCCACAUCUAAUUCGGACAGAUCAGCAUAGCUGGGACCCAGCCGUCUGUAUGAAUUUCUGUGAUGCGUUCCUGUCUUUUGUCAAAAAUGUGGUAACAAGGGAUGACCCUGGAGUCGUUUACCUUUUCUCCUGGGAGCCAGGCUCUGAUGUCACUUUCUCAGUUCACACUGACCCAACAUACCACAUUCUCCCAGCCUGGUAUGUAGAGGCCAUGAGCCUUGGAGCAGCAGUGGACUGAGUUAAAAACACUUCGCCACAUGAAGAAAUCACAGGUGUCUGCCAGAACCAUGGCUUUGCAGUAGAAGUUCAAAUUAUUGUAAAUGUGUCUAAAAGAAGAGGAUUUCUUUGCACAGAGAAUUAAUCUUUACGAUUUCCAGAAGCAGUGGAUAUCCAUGAAUUUUAAUGCCUACUGACUGCAGAUGAGUGUUAUGGGAUCAGUAAUCCCAUAGAUUGAAGGCAAUAUGUCAAUUAACUUAUCCUAAAGCAUCAUAAAGUUAGAGGCACACGGGCCUUAGACGUUCCUCCCUUCGGUUCGAUUUUAAUACGUAAUUUAGUAGGAUUCAGUCCCCCACCCCAUGUGUGAGUAUGCAUCUGAAUGAUAAAUUACCCAGGGUUAGGAAUCAUACCCCUCCUUCACUGAAAACCCUGUAAUCUUCUACCAUCCAUUUGUCCAAUGACUAGUUACCAGGAUCAUUGUUGCCCAAAAACUGGCACAGCAUCCUGGCCAAGGAAACUGAGCCAACAUUAGUUCUCCAUUAAUAAAAUACAUUUCCCACUAAA